AUGGCUGAGCUCAGACAGAGAAGACUGAAGAUUCACACAAGAGCAGACGUAGAGGCCCACAAAUCUGAUAAGAGCUGCUGGGUUACUAUAGGUAGAUUGAUCUACGAUGUAACGGAUUUCUUGCACGAUCAUCCUGGUGGCGAAGACCUCAUUCUCAAAUAUGCUGGCAAAGAUAUUGAAGCAGCAAUGAAAGCGACGAAUAGUGAAGAAGACCAUGAACAUACCCCUGCAGCUUUUGGAAUGAUGUCCGAUAUGCUCAUUGGUAAGCUCGAUUCUGGGACCCGUAUAGUCGAUGAGAAUUGGGUUGCGACUGAUGAUUUCAUGCCCAAAGAGAGCAACAUCGAGGACGAUUUAGAGAAAUGUGAAUUCCUCGACCUCAGUAAGCCACUUCUUAGUCAAGUGUGGUACAGCAACUUCAGUAAAGACUUUUAUUUGGAGCAAGUACAUCAGCCUAGACAUCUCAAGAAAAGCGCUAGACUGUUUGGUUACGAUUUCCUGGAAAUGUUCACCGUCACUCCGUGGUAUGUUAUUCCAUUGAUCUGGGUGCCAAUCACGCUCUAUCUAUCAUUCAGAAGCUUCUCAGACUUCAGUACUCAGUUUGGUAGCUCGCUUGGUGGUCUCUGUACUCUGGGAUGCUUCCUACUCGGGAAUGUUAUUUGGACAAUUUUGGAAUACGGGAUGCACAGAUUCCUCUUCCACGUCGACGACUACUUGCCAGAUAGACCAGUAUUUCUUAUGCUUCACUUCUUACUACACGGUAUACACCACUACCUACCAGCUGACGGGUUGAGAUUGGUUAUGCCACCAACAUUAUUCACUGCGUUGCAGUAUCCAUUCACGCAAUUGGCAUACAAGAUACUUCCGAACACGGCAACAGCAAAUGGUGUGAUAUCCGGCUCAUUCGCCUUUUAUGUUCUCUAUGACUGUAUGCACUAUGCGCUACAUCACACUAGAUUGCCAAAUUACCUCAAGCAGAUGAAAUCGUACCACUUGAAGCACCACUACGGCAACUUCGAGCUCGGAUUCGGUGUGACGUCCAAGUUCUGGGAUUUGGUGUUCAAGACUGAGUUGAAAUAG